AUGGACUGGCGAACGAUCGCAGCUGUCAUCGCCUUCGGUACUCUUUACCGGGAGGCAGAAGAGGAGGCUGCUGAGCUGAGAAGGAGUCUACAGCUGAGAAGAACCAGGCUGAGGAGGAGUCUUCAGCUAAGAAGAGCCGGGAUGAGGAAGAGGAGUCGGGAAAGGUGUCGCGCUAUCCUAGCGUUUGUCUCUGACUUUGAUCAUUCUCCUCGGAGGUAUGCACAGAUAAACAACACUGUGCCUAUCCUCCGCACCUUUUUCUCUGAGGCAGACCUAAAACCAGCCUUUAGGCUGUCCAGGGAGACCAUCAAUUUACUGGUCCAGAUGCUGCCUCGGCAAAAGCCACAUGGUUGGAGCCAUGAGAUUGAGGUGGCUGUCUGUCUCUACUGGCUGGCAUGUGGCACCUCCUAUAGAGUUACAGCAGACAUAUUUGCCAUGCCGAGGGCCACCGUUGGCAGGGUAGUCCACACUUCAGUGGAGGACAUGAUGGCCAUCCUCCACAAGGUUAUCCAUUUCCCCAAGCCUGAAGAGAUGGAGGAGGUGGGGGCAGGCUUUGCACAUCUGGCUGGGCACAAGGCAUUUCGGUGUGUGGCUGGUGCCAUAGAUGGGUGCCACGUCCGCAUUCUCCCACCUGCAGAACCACAGAAGAAAUGCUGCAUUAACCGCAAGCUCUUCCCUUCAGUGGUACUCCAGGGAGUGUGUGACAGUGGCGGGAAAUUUCUGGACACCUACGUUGGAAACACGGGGUCAGUCCAUGAUGCCCUUAUCCUCCGAAGAUGUCCAAUGUACAAGGAGUCCCUGUACCCACCAGCUGGCUUCUACCUGCUUGGAGAUGGGGGGUACCCUUGCCUGCAGCAUCCGGUGACCCUCAUGACCCCAUACCGCCAGCCUGUAGCAGGCCAAGUUGAAGCACGCUUUAACAGGCACCAUGCCAAGGCCCGCAACAUUAUUGAGCGCACCUUCGGGAUGCUUAAAACCCGCUGGAGGGCCAUCUUCCUCCAGGCUUUGGAGAUCCGGCCUCUAUUUGCACCAAAGAAAUUAAAGUUAUUNGAGGAAGAGGAAGAGGAAGAGGAGGAGGAGGAGGAGGAGGAAGAUAAAGUUCCUGGUGCUGCUGAACUGGAGCUCUCUGGAAACAACCUCCGGGCCAGGCUUGCUGCACAGGUGUCUGCCCCUGCAGAGCAACCUGCUUUUCUGAGGGAGCAUGACUAUAACUAA